AUGCCUGAUCCUGAAAUUCAGAUCGAGGAUGAGACUCAUACGUUGGGGGGUAAUGAGUUUCAUAUGCCGUUAACCCCUGAAAGGCAGGCUACGGCAGAUAUAGACCCUAUGGAAGAAUUUACAUCAGAAGAGUUGGAAACAGCUGCAAGGGUAAUGACAGUUAUGAGCAGAAAAAGAAAAGAAAUAGGGGCAACCCAAGAUGGAGGAGGGAUGCUUUUUACAGCUCAUGGCAAUCAAUUUGACCAGGCUGGAAGUUCGCAAAGACGCCGGAAUGAUGGGUCGCCGACAAGAUCCCAGCAAACCCCUAGGGAAUCAGAGGUUCGAUCCUCAGCUCAGGACGAGAGUACGGGAACUUUCCAGCAAGGAGCGGGGCGAAGAGUAGUUCAGUUGAGGGCAUCAACAUUUGCACAAAUCAUCCUUGAUCAACCAAUGGAGAAAAUAAAAAUGCCGAAAUGUCGGUAUGAUGGUAGGGGAGAUCCAGGAAGAUACAUAACCUCGUAUGAGGGUCACAUGAUUUUAUACACCAACUCUGAUGCCGUUUGGUGUAAGGUGUUUCCCACUACUUUGGUUGGAGCAGCAGCCGAUUGGUUUAAUAAUCUUGAAAAUGGAGCAGUUCACAGUUUCCAGCAGUUAGCCGAAAUGUUCGUAGGGCAGUAUGUCAGUAAUAGUGUUCGGCAGAGAACUUCUGGAGAGUUAAUGGCUGUUACUCAGAAAGCAGAUGAAUCUUUAAGGGAUUACAUAAGGAGGUUUAAUAAUGAAGCCAAUACAAUUCCAAGAUUGCAGCAGGAGAUAGCAGUCAUGGCACUAAUGAAUGGUCUGAAUGAUUCGGAAUUCAAGAGAUACCUAACUCGAAAAAAUCAGCCAACAUUAGCCGCAGCUUUUAAUAAAGCUCAUAAUUAUAUUAAGAGUGAAGAAUUAAUGAAGACAAGCAGCCGAAUAAGUUCUACUGAUAGAAUUCACCCUAUGUCGAAAGGGGGAUCUUCAAGGGUUGUAAGGUCAAGGAACCCAACGGCAGCAAGAGGGGGAAGCCGCCAAGAGGUCAGAGGAACCAAAGCACCAAUGCGAUAUAAUUCGUAUACGCCUCUAAAUGCACCAAGGGCUGCAAUAUAUUCUAUAAAUCAGAACCGAGAAGGAUGGGUGAGACCUGUGCCGAUGAAAGCAAAAGGAAGGGAUACCAAGAAGUAUUGCAUGUUCCACUGGGAUGUAGGGCAUUACACUGAGGACUGUGUGCAGUUGAAGGAUAAUAUCAAAGAAUUAAUAAGAAGGGGGCACCUUACGCAAUAUCGGUUGCAAUCUGGGGAAAGUCAGCAACAACAAUAUAGGCAACCAGAACGUCAACAGAUAGAAUACCGGUCAGAAAGACAAGGUCAAGUGAACCGACAGGGGGAAGGCGGACAACCACCGUCAUCUACUGGAAAAAGAGUUGAUGUAAUAACUGGUGGACCAGUUCACGGAGGAACCAUAAGUGGAGCACGGAAGCACCUGUCGGAGUAUCGGCACAUUGUUAAUGCAUUAGAUGUUGCUGAUCGCCCACAGCCGUCUGAAAUUCCGAAUGUAACCUUCACCAAAGAAGAUGCAAAAGGAAUAGUGUUUCCUCAUGAUGAUCCCCUUGUAUUAAUAGCAAAGAUUAAUGGGGCCGAUGUGAAAAGGGUUCUAGUUGAUGGAGGAAGCUCAGCAAAUGUUCUGUUUAUGCAAGUCUUCAAUGAGUUGAUGAUAGGCCGACAAUAUUUAACGCCGGUAUCAUAUCCGGUGAUUGGGUUUAACGGUUCAACAGUGAGGCCAGAAGGAAGUAUAGUUCUCCCUAUUAGACUCGGAGACGGUACAACGACAAGAGAUGCGAUGGCUGAAUUUUUAGUAGUGGAUGUACCGUCGGCGUAUAAUGCAAUUGUGGGAAGGCCGAUAAUUCAUGACAUACAGGCAGUAGUAUCAACUUAUCAUUUAAUAUUGCUUAUAUGUCAAAUAGAGAGGUUGUGGAAAAGGUACAUGGGGGACAGGUGA